GUUGAGGACAUAAACAUGAGAUUUUCAACUUUUCCUCUCUGCAGAUGUCUGAUUAGCAAGUCGGAGGUGCAAGGCUUCAUUGAGAGGUGUAUGACAGCCGUGGGCACGCAGCAGCAUCAUGCCCGCAGCUUGGCCGAGGUGCUGGUGGAGGGAGACCACAGGGGACACUACAGCCAUGGACUCAACAGGAUGGAUAUGUAUGUAAAGGACAUCCAAUCAGGAAUCUGUGCCAAGGACGGUGAGCCGGUGGUGGAGAAGGAGAGCGCUGCCACAGCACUGGUGGACGGGAAGAACCUGCUGGGUCCUGUGGUGGGAAACUUCUGCAUGAAACUGGCCAUGAAGAAGGCAAAAGAGUCUGGCGUUGGCUGGGUGGUGGCACAUGGUUCCAACCAUUACGGUAUUGCCGGAUACUACGCCAUGCAAGCUCUGAAGGAAAACAUGAUUGGCAUGUCAUUCACCAACACGUCCCCACUUGUGGUUCCCACACGUGGUAAAGAGUGCACUUUGGGCACCAACCCCAUCGCCGUGGCAGCUCCUGCUAAAGACGGAGACAGCUUUGUUCUGGAUAUGGCCACAUCAGCCGUCGCUCUUGGAAAGGUGGAGCUGCAUGAGCGUCGUGGAGACCCCAUCCCUGAGGGCUGGGGCUGUGACGCCCAGGGCAAGCUCACCCCCGACCCAAAGAAAGUCCUGAACGGAGGAGGACUGGUGCCCAUCGGCGGCAGUGAAGCCACAGGAGGCUACAAAGGCUACGGUCUGGGAAUGAUGGUGGAGGUGUUCUGUGGUAUCUUGGCUGGCGCCGAGUACAGCAACCGUGUCCGCACGUGGAAAGUAACAGACCGUGUUGCCAACCUGGGACAGUGUUUUGUUGCAAUCAACCCGGAGAACUUUGCUCUCGGGUUCGGUGACAGGAUGGCCGACCUGCUGUCCAUCCAGAGAGGCAUGGACCCUGCUGACCCCGGCGCUCCUGUUUUGGCUGCUGGAGAUCCAGAGAGGAUGAACAUGAAGAAGUGUGAGGAGAUGGGCGGCAUCCCUUACCACAUCAAUGUUGUCAACUACAUGAACGACUGUGCUAAGAGAGUGGGAGCCUCCCCCCUGCUGCCAUGUGACAAACUGGUCUCCGAUUAGUGGAUCCAGGAUUCUUCGGGAUCUUCUGCUCACCUUGAAAGUUCACAUUGAGCUACCGGGGAAUGCAAUUUUUUUUACACACAUGUUGACAAUCACAUUUUAUCCAUUGUAACUUCUUCCGUCAGGUAUUUUAAUACUUUAAAACUUCAGAAGUGUUUUAGUAAAAACAUUUAUAAUAACUAUGAAAUUUGUGACUAAAAAGUAAUCAUUUUAGAUAUCAUUUUCUCUCCUUAAAAGGGACUGCUUGUUUUUUUUCUUUGUCUCGAGAUACUGCCGCCAAAUAUAAGUGUCUCUGACGCCGAAAUACGCACAUUGUUUGUCUGAAGAUGUUGUAAGUCGUCACUUUAUGGCUGAUGAUUGGAUGUGAAUGAGAUAACAGAGUUUGAGAGAUGCUGUUGAAAGAUGAGCUAAAGACUUUACAAUUGGGUCAUUCCCUGUUGGUGUUCCAGUUAUAAUGCAGCGAAAUUUUAUAACUGUAUAGUAAUCUAGCUCAGUGGUUCUCAACCUUUUUGAGUCGCGACCCCCAAUUUAACAUGCAUGUUGUCCGCGACCCCCGCUCACUGAACAGAAUCUCACACUCACAGUUCAGAUCACCCAAAAAAGAAACAAAAGGACUAAAAAAGACACAAAAUGACCAGAAAAUACACAAAAUGACCAAAAAAAGACACAAAAUUACCAAUGAAGACACAAAAUGACUAAAAGAAACACAAAAUUACCAAAAAAAGACAUUAAAUGACCAAAAAAAGACACAAAAUUACCAAUGAAGACACAAAAUGACUAAAAGAAACACAAAAUUACCAAAAAAAGACAUUAAAUGACCAAAAAGACUAAAACACAUUAACACAUGAACACUUUAACACAGUGGAGACAGAGCUGACUUCCAAAAUGCUUUGGCGACCCCCAGAAAUCACCUCGCGACCCCAAUUGGGGUCGGGACCCCAAGGUUGAGAACCACUGAUCUAGCUAACCGUAUCACGCACAAAAAAUAUAUAUUUUUCAAACUAAAAGGCAUUCCAUUGGAACCUUUACAGGUCAUAAAUAAAUACCACUGUUAUGUGCCUUAAUAAAUAAAAGCCAUAUAAGCAUA